GUAAAAGUUUAUAAAAUUCUGCACAAACAGGAAGUAAAAGCAUCACUAGGGGUCAUGAACAAGUAUUAAAAUAUGGGUCUAUAAUUGAGAUACUUCCAUUAUUUUACAUAUGUUCACCUGUACUGUAAGAUUUUCUCUUGAGGAAAAGUGAUUUUGUAAGUGAACGCACUCUGAGUUUGAAUAAAGGUACUAAAGACAUAUGUUAUUUUGAUAAACUUAGAGAUUUAUUAUAUGUUGUUAAAAUAUGUUUGCCAUCUACAGGCAAAUAUGUGAGGUAGAAAAUGGAAGCCCUUUUUGAGAAAUUUUUUCUUUAUUAAAGAGCUCUAGCAUUUGAAUAUGUCAGUCUUAGUAAAGUAAUGAAUUGAAAUAACUUCUUAUUUAUAUGUACCACAUCACUUCAGACCCUCUCAGGAAAAGCUAAACAAAUGCCUGAUGGAAAAUUACACUGAGACCUCUACCGACUUCAUCCUCCUGGGCCUGAUCCCCCCAUCAAGCCUUGGCCUUUUCCUCUUCAGUCUCACCAUCCCCAUCUUCCUGAUGGCCCUGGCUGGAAACCUGUGCAUGGUCCUGCUCAUCCUCCUGGACACCCAGCUCCACACACCCAUGUACUUCCUGCUCAGCCAGCUCUCCCUCACGGACCUCAUUUAUAUCUGCACCACUGUGCCCAAGAUGGCUUCUGCUUUCCUCUUUGGAAACAAGUCCAUCUCCUUCAUUGGGUGUGGGGUUCAGUGUUACUUUUUUUGGAAUUUAGCAGGUUCAGAAGGACUGAUCCUGAUGUCUAUGUCCUAUGACUGUUACAUGGCUAUUUUCUCCCCUCUGCACUACCCCAUCUGUAUGAACAGAAGAGUGUGUGUGCUGAUGAUCCUGGGAUCCUGGGCAGUGGGUGCUGUCAACUCCUGUGCUCACACGGUUUAUGUCCUCCAUAUCCCUUACUGCAGGUCCAAAACCAUCAACCAUUUCUUCCGCCAUCUCCCAUCCAUGCUGACUCUGGCCUGCAUGGACACCAGGGUCUAUGAGCACACGGUGUUCAUUAGCACUACCCUCUUUCUUGUGUUUCCUUUCCUGGGUAUUCUGUGUUUCUAUGGUCAGGUACUUGAUGUCUACCACAUGCACUCACGGGAAGGCAGGAAGAAGGCCUAUUCCACCUGCAGUGCCCACCUCACUGUGUUGACUUUCUACUAUGCACCCUUUGCUUAUACUUAUCUCCACUCAAAAUCCUUCCAGUUUCCAGAGGAGGACAAGGUUCUGGCUGCCUUCUACAUCUUCCUCACCCCAGUGCUCAACCAUGCGAUCUACAGCCUGAGGAACAAGGAGGUGCUGGGGGCUCUGAGGAGAGUAACUAAGAGAAUCCACUCUCUGAAAGUGUAUGCAAGUUUCUGCCCCAGCACUCAGGUGCAUGUUGAUGCUGUGAUAUGCAGACAUUAAAGUGUUAUUUUACACCUAAAAUUUAAAAAGUAAAAUUUAGAAGGUAAAUUUAGAAAAUUUAGAAAGUAAAACAUUACUCAUGUCUGAAAAAAUAUCUUAUGUAUAAAUAAGUAAACAUGACCAUUUUGUAGUUUAUUUUCUACCAAUUUUGAAUGCAUUUGUUUUCUGCUAAUCUGUUUUCA